AUGCCUCCAGGGGUUUGGGGAAUUGGCAAACGGCUAUCAGGUCUUGGUUUUUCCAUGAGGUUGGCACUCGACCAUCAGGGAGGUGACGGAACUAGCGACGAAGCUAACAAUAUGAGAGCACAAGACUCAAACCAGUUGGUAGUUGCUUACUGCUGCAAGUCAGCAUUCACCAGUAAGCAUUCUGUUACGGCAUCAGCAGGUCUGUUCAUUGCAUCAGUAGCUUCACUCUCACACCGAACAACAAUUCGUUCCAAUCGACUCAGCUCACCAAGAACAACGAGAAAUUUUAUCAAUAUGGCUAAAUUCUUCACUAUCGUUGCCGCCCUUGCCUUCGCCCUCACGGCUCUCGCAUCUCCCAAUCCCAACCCCCAGAGCUGUGGCGGUACCGCCAUUCCUGGGUCGGACUGUAGCUUCCACGACCAGUGCAGGUCCUGCAAUUGCCGAAACGGCAUCUGCGCUUAG